AGCACCACCCCACGUGUGCAUUUGCGAAGCUGAGGCAUGAGGUAUAGAUAGAUAGUCGGGAAAAGAGACGAGGAAAGCUUACUAACUGAGCCAGAGACAGUCCCUGAAAACUGUGAGAGAGAGAGGAAGAAAAGAUGGGGAGAACAAUGGCGGAUAGGCCGCUGAAAAAGUCAGCGAGCAGCUCAAAUCCUGAUCGAGUGGCCACCGGCCCUCAUCAGAGGUCAAAGACCACCAUCAAGAGACUCCAGAUGUACAAGAGUGGAGGGAAAGUUGUGAGGAAUCGUCAGGGGAAGGUACUGCGGCCGGCUCCAUUCCAGACCAGUGUUAAGAGUGGAGAGGUGGCCAGAGUGGAACCCAACCGCAAGUGGUUUGGUAACACCAAGGUGAUUACGCAAUCGGCUCUGCAGACAUUUCAAGAAGAGAUGGGGAAAGUGAUAAAAGACCCUUAUAAGGUUGUCAUGAGAAAAACUGGGCUGCCUAUUUCACUGCUGCAAGAAACGUCCAAGCAUGCUAGAGUGCAUCUACUGGACACGGAGAGUUUCAAGGCGACAUUUGGUCAACACUCUCUGAGGAAAAGACCCAAACUGUUCUCCUCUGAUUUACAGGAACUUGCCGAAACAGCCCAAAAGAAUGCUGAAACGUAUAAAGAGGAUGAAGACAAAGACAUCGUCAGAGAGGCUCCUGAAGCGAGGGCAGAGAUGAGAGAGUGUGUAUUCAGCAAGGGGCAGUCCAAGAGGAUAUGGAAUGAACUGCACAAGGUUGUAGAUUCGUCGGAUGUUGUUGUUCAGGUACUAGAUGCCAGGGACCCCCAGGGGACGAGGUCGAGCAUAUCGAGAGCUACUUGAGACGAGAGAAGCCGCACAAACACAUGGUUCUCCUGCUCAACAAGUGUGACCUGAUCCCCACCUGGGUCACGACUCGGUGGGUGACAGCGCUGUCCCCAGAAUAUCCCACUCUGGCCUUCCACUCCAGCCUCACCAAUCCCUUUGGGAAAGGCUCUCUCAUACAUCUUCUGAGACAGUUUGCCAAGGUUAACUGCUAGA